UUCAGUUUCAUCUCAACUCAUUAGGAAAGUCAAGGGUUUAUGCAAUCUACAGUUUUCCUCUCCGAUUCACGCUUUUCCAUUUCCAUUUUUUGAUCAAUCGAAACUGUUAUUGGUUUCCAUGGAAGAAGAUUCUCAGAACAGUAGCACCAAUACAAGCCAUUUACUCGGUUCUGUUCCAGCUGUUGUUGCUGAUGAAAAGAAUACCUUAAAUAAUCAAGUGCCUUAUGCAAGUAUGCAAACAUUCCCUCCCAACAGUGGAGGCAGAGAACAGGGAUAUCAAACUCUUGGAACUCCAACUGAAGCUUUUGGGGAACAGCCAGCUAGUAAUUGGCAGGGAUUCUUUAGUGUCUCGUCUUACACGCAGUAUUUCAAUGUGGACACGGAUGUUGUUGUGAACAGAUUGAUAAGUUCCUUGAAUCCCGUCGCUGAUGACUUUUUUGGCAAGAUAGAUGCUAACCCUGAUUUGUAUGGGCUUAUAUGGAUCUCAACAACAUUGGUUUUUGUACUUGCCUUACUUGGUAAUCUUGCAACAUACCUUAUGCAAAAACAUACCGAUAACAGUAUUUCAUGGAGCUUUGACGUUAACUAUGUGAAUACGGCUGCGUGGUCUAUAUAUGGCUAUGUGAUAGUGGUUCCUUUGGCAUACUACUUUUUCCUUCAGUAUAUGGGUUCAAAUGCAAAUCUUAUACGGUUUUGGUGCAUGUGGGGGUAUUCCCUCACCAUUUUCAUUUUGUCCUCUUUUCUAUUGCUCAUUCCAGUUGGGAUUCUUAGGUGGAUUAUAAUAAUCCUCACUGGUUUUGCCUCAGCUAGCUUUGUUGCUUUGAACCUAAGAUCCUUUUUAGGAAGUGAUCUUUCGGUGACCGUAAUUGCAGCAUUUGUCUUGCAAAUAGCGUUGGCCGUCUUCAUCAAAGUUCAGUUCUUCAAAUAAUUAAUUUGAAGUGUUGCAGUAGUAAAUUAAAAUAAAAUAUGAGCCACCAUCAUGGCUACCUCGCUCAACUGGCUAGCUGUCUGCAGCAGAAUUGGUUUGUUCGUUUUUUCUUUUUCCAUUAGAUGGAUGCUAGAAGAGUCAACAAAGUAAUGUGAUAGAUUGUGCUCCCCGUAUCAGCUUGGUCUAGCGACACCUUUGGCCAAAAACUUGUGAAAGACCAGUAUUUGGGAAGGUGAAGAAGUACAAAGAUUGAUGCAAUGUUUGAGCUCCCUUAGCAAUUUUGUAAAUAUCCGACCUCGGGAUAUUCGGUAUGCCAAGGAAGGAGAUGUCUUCUUGUUUGCUUAUAUUUUUCUAUGAAUGUAUCAGUAUCUUCUAACAGUUACUUAGUAGUUUGUAAUAUUUAGUCAAAGAUCUUAUUUAUUUUAUAUAUACUAUUUUUUUUUAAA